AUGAUUAAUUCUCUAGCCAGUCGCCUUCACCCAAGCAUUCCUUCACCCUGCGGCUGCAGCAUACAGGCCCAAGUCCGUAAACUUUCGAGGAACCACUUGCUGGCUGGCUCGAGUUCCUUUUCUUGUCAGUACCAACAACUCAGUUGCGUCCGCUGCUUAAGUGGGGCAAGUUCUACUGGAUCCAGCACCCCAAGCAGAAGCAAAACAUUUGAUGAAUACCGCAAAGCUCUAGGGCUCAGAACGCAGGACGAUUAUUUCCGUAUAGAGAGGGCAAAUUGCGCACCUAAUUACGUGCCAACGCCAGUAGUUAUAUCACGGGGAGAGGGUGUGUUCGUAUGGGACACAGAUGGAAAACGCUAUUACGACUUUGUUUCUGGCAUUUCAAGCCUCAAUCAGGGCCACUGCCAUCCCCGCAUUGUGGAAGCGUUGGAAAAGCAAGCAAAGCUACUCACUCUCACUUGCCGUGUUCUGCACAAUAACGUAAUGCCAAUCCUCUGUAAAUUCGUGAAUGAUCUGCUAGGAUAUGAAAAGACCAUCCUGAUGAACACCGGUGCUGAGGCGGGGGAGACUGCGCUGAAAGCGGCAAGGAAAUGGGGUUACGAAGUCAAAGGUAUUCCUGAAAACACGGCCAAAAUCAUUCUCUGCAGAAAUAACUACUGGGGCCGCACCAUUACUGCCGCCAGUUCUUCAACCACGCUCGAGAAUUACAAGAAUUUUGGUCCCUACACUCCUGGGUUCGAGCUGAUUGCUUACGACGACUUGCCGGCUUUGGAACAUGCCCUGGAGGACCAGGCAGUGGCUGCAUUCUUUGUGGAACCAAUUCAGGGAGAAGGUGGUGUAAUAAUUCCUCGUGACGGUUAUUUACGCAAGGCGGCUGAGCUUUGUCGUGCGAAGAAUGUGUUGUUCAUUAUUGAUGAGAUACAAACAGGUUUGGGGAGGACAGGCCGAAUGCUCGCCAGUGAUUGGGAUGGGGUUCGGCCCGACAUUGUGCUGUUGGGGAAGAGCUUCACAGGGGGCACGCUUCCUUGCAGCGCCGUUGUUACGGAUCGGCACGUGAUGGAUGUGUUUACGCCAGGCACUCAUGGCUCUACCUACGGGGGUAACCCUUUGGCGUGUGCAGUUGCGUACGAGGCUCUGUCAGUAAUUGUCGACGAAAACUUGGCAGAGAACGCACGGUUACAAGGAGAGCUACUGAGAGGGGCACUCAGGAAACUGAAGGAUGAACACAAGCUUAGCUGGAUUCAUGACAUCAGGGGGAGAGGUCUUCUUAAUGCUGUGGAAGUCAAGGGUAGUUGCGGCGUGGCAACUCAGCUUUGCAUGGAACUAAAAAAUGAAGGAAUUCUUUGUAGGCCCACACAUGGCAAUGUUGUUCGCUUUCUCCCUCCCCUGUGCAUCACUAGGGAACAGAUGGAAGAAGCGAUUCAAGGCAUCGCGAACGUAUUCCUCAGGAAGUCCUUUUGA